GGUAAAGGCGCCAGUCAGCAUGUAAAGGACCUUUGCUAAUCCCCUUUAUUUAUCUUUAUUAUGCUUGAUUUACACAGUGAAUAGUCACAAAAAGCGGGUUAUAUAAAAGCAACAGUGUAUAUACUUGUUUAUACGUUUUAUCCAGGGUCCAUUUUUUAUUGUUUAUUAAAUAAAACGUAUGUUUAGUUUGUGCGCUUUCUCUUCAGGCAGUGUUUAAGGCCGACCCUGUGGUCCCGGUGCAUUCUGGGACAGUCCUCCCUCUUCUAUCGGGAGGCGCUGCUAAACCGAAACCGUGAAAAAAUAUACUGUCUCCAUUGGCUAGAAGUACUGCAGUUUUCCAACCAUGUCUGUUCGGGAGUCAUUUAACCCCGAGAGCUAUGAACUUGAUAAGAGCUUCAGACUGACCCGCUUUACAGAACUGAAGGGGACCGGAUGUAAAGUACCACAGGAUGUCCUUCAGAAACUCUUGGAAUCUCUGCAGGAAAACCAUUUCCAAGAGGAUGAGCAGUUUCUUGGCGCAGUCAUGCCCAGACUUGGUAUCGGGAUGGAUACGUGUGUCAUUCCCUUAAGACACGGUGGCCUUUCUCUGGUUCAAACAACAGACUACAUUUAUCCUAUUGUUGAUGAUCCCUACAUGAUGGGUCGUAUUGCCUGUGCCAAUGUACUAAGUGACCUUUAUGCCAUGGGGGUCACGGAAUGUGACAAUAUGUUGAUGCUUCUUGGAAUUAGUAAUAAACUGACAGACAAGGAAAGAGACAAGGUGAUGCCUCUGAUAAUCCAGGGUUUUAAAGAUGCUGCAGAGGAGGCAGGAACAUCAGUAACUGGUGGACAGACAGUUCUGAACCCCUGGAUUGUACUCGGGGGAGUUGCAACGACUGUCUGCCAGCCCAAUGAGUUCAUUAUGCCAGACAAUGCUGUACCUGGCGACGUGCUUGUACUGACAAAACCUUUAGGAACACAAGUAGCCGUUGCAGUGCACCAAUGGCUUGAUAUUCCUGAAAAAUGGAAUAAAAUAAAGUUGGUCGUAACACAAGAGGAUGUUGAAUUGGCGUACCAGGAGGCCAUGAUGAACAUGGCAAGACUGAAUAGAACAGCUGCUGGGCUUAUGCACACCUUUAAUGCACAUGCAGCCACAGAUAUUACAGGAUUUGGAAUUUUAGGGCAUGCUCAAAACUUGGCCAGACAGCAGAGGAAUGAAGUGUCAUUUGUCAUCCACAACCUUCCUGUAUUGGCGAAGAUGGCUGCCGUGAGCAAAGCUUGUGGAAAUAUGUUUGGUCUUAUGCAUGGCACCUGCCCUGAGACAUCAGGAGGCCUUCUGAUCUGUUUGCCCCGUGAGCAGGCAGCACGUUUCUGUGCUGAGAUAAAGUCUCCUAAAUAUGGUGAAGGCCACCAAGCAUGGAUAAUUGGAAUAGUAGAAAAAGGCAACCGCACGGCCAGAAUAAUUGACAAACCACGGAUCAUAGAAGUAGCUCCACAAGUUGCCACUCAAAACGUGAACCCAACUCCUGGUGCCACCUCCUAAUUCAGGAAUAAACAGUGAAGCUAUAGAUAGAUAUAUUCUAGUACCAUUCUAGAGUAUAAAAACUAUUAUGUUAAUUUGUAUCAUGCCUGCCCAGUUGGCCUUAGGGCAGUUCAUAUGUGGAUACAAUUUAAAACAGAAUAAAUCCAUUGCCUUUUUGUGUUUUUUAUUUUUUUCUGUUACAUUAACUGAAGAUGUACCUAAUCUUAAGGCAGCUUCUAAGUUGAGAAUAUUAUUAUCCAAUACUGUUGAUUCAUUUUUGAAUCUUUAUUACCACGUAUCGUCUAUUGCCACACAGGCUCUUUUUAAGGUGCUUUCACUUAGCACACAUUAACAUCAAGUAGCGUGAUAGCGUUUUUUGUUUGUCUGUUCACUAUGUGUACAAUGAAAACCUAGGACUAGUGUACAAUAAAUUUCAGAUGCCUUGAAAGAUUAAAAAAAAAAAAAAAAAGGAUUGUGUAUCAUCCGAUAACACAAGGAAAUGUAAACUUAUUGAAAAGGUUGCAUGCUUGAAAGCCUUUGGUUUGUAUUGUUUUUCCCAAAAGUUUAAAAACAUUGCAACCUUAUUAUUUUGUAAAAUAGCACACUCUGUAAAGCAGUGUAUGUCCUAAAGUGUUAACAUUGCAUGGUAAUUACCUUGGUUGAAGGAUAAAUAAUUUCACUAUUCCUAGAGUAUUUCAACACUUAAUGUAUUUGUAAUGUAUCUUCCAUGGUUUUUUUUGUUGUUGUUUUUUUUUUACCAGCAAGGAACACUGCUCGUUUUAUCUGCUGUAUAAUGUAGAAAACAUCACAGACUAAGACUAAUUAGUGGUUACUGUAUAUUACCCAUUUACUGUUUAUGAAUUAUUAAGUACACAUGACAUUUGAAAUAUCAGUAACAAUGAAAUGUUCUGUGGUCGGUAGUGUUUAUUAUAUUUUAUAUAGUGCUAUGUAGGCUUUUUUUUUUGUUCUAUUUUCAUAAUUGCCACAACUAAUUUUUAGUUUGAUUCUUAGCUGUCUUCCCAUUUUUCGGCACGCACUUGUGUUGUAUGUACAUCCUGCCAACUGUAGCGAAAGGUAAAGCUCAAUAAAUAUUUAAUUUUUUUUAUUGCUCUUGUAUAAGAGAUGUAGUUGUCUUUUUACUAUAUAUCCCUGAAUUAUUACAUAAUCCUUUUAAGGUCACAUUUUAGAUUAUUUUGAGGCUGAUAUGUUCUAUUGCAAGAUUACGUUCAGCUGUUAAAAUGAUAACAAUAUUGUAUUAGUCAAUUAUCCUUUACAUCGGAAAACAUCGAUCUGUCACAAUAAUUUAAGUCAUUUAGACUUUCUUUGUAGAACAACACAUACCAACUUGGUAUGAGAUCACUACUGUUAACAUUCUACAGCAAAAACAACUUAUUUGGGUGUUAACCUGGUUCUCUUAUGCCUCUUCAAUAAAGGCAGCUUGUUCACCUA